CAGCCUUCUGGUUUUAGCUCUGCGGUCUCUAAGCGUUUCUGCUUUACAGGAUGGACAUGUCCUUGAUGAUUUCCUGCAUGUUUAUUGGAUGGAAAAGACAGAAUCCACCAAUUACAGGCGCGCGCGCGGCUGGAGCUGGAGAAGCUGGAGGAGCUGCUGGUGGAGGAGCUGCUGCUGGUGGAGGAGCUGCUGAGGCUGCUGGAGGUGGUGCAGGUGGUGGUGCAGGUGGUGGAGGCAGCAGCACUGAGGAUGGGGGGCCGCCUGGAGAGCGAGGGGAGAGGAGCCUGAGACGCACACACACACGCUCGCUCGCUCGGUGGCUCUCGCGCGUGCGGGCGGGCGCGCACACGGUACACUCUGUUUGCGCCCUCUGCUGCCGCUUCGCCCCCUCCGGCCUCCUUGUCUGUUGCCAUGGUCACAGUACCUGCCCUCUCUCUCCUGUUGGCCCUGGUGGAGUGGGUGGGGCCAGCAGGCUCCUCCCCUCACCUCUUGCUCCGCCCCCGCGAGCGUGAGCGCGACCCAGUGGCCUCGAUGCACUUCAACAUCGCGGUGAUCCACGCGGGCUCCGGGGCGCAGGGGGACGCGGGGGCCGCGGCAGCCGGGGGCAGGGUGCUGUACCCGGGCUUUGGUCGGGUGCACAGCAGUUUCGGAGAGAGCGUGGUCACCCAGUGGGGCUCCGCCAACGUCAUCUGGCUUCAGGUGAAUGACAGCAGUCCCAGGACGCUGCUCUCCCAGCUGUGUGACCUGCUGGCAGCGAGGCCCUUGCAGGGGCUGGUGUACGAGGACGAAAGGCCCCUCCCGCUGGCGUCCGGCCCACUGGCUCCCAUGCUGGAAUUCGUCUCGGCCCAGACCGGACUCCCCAUCGUGGCGGUGGGAGGGGGCGCAGGCUUGGGCAGGGUGCCACAGGAGACGGGCUCCAUCUUCCUGCAGUUCAGCACCUCCACCGCUCUUCAGCUGGAAGUGAUCUUCGAGGUGCUGGAGGAAUACGACUGGACAGCCUUCUCGGUGGUGUCCACGCGUCACCAUGGCUACCAGGACUUCCUGUCCGUGGUGGAGGGCUUGACGGACGGCUCCUUCAUCGGCUGGGAGAAGAAGAGUGUGGUGAUGCUGAACUUAACCGACGACCCGGGCGGAUCCCGCACCCGGCGGCUGCUGAAGGAGAACGAAGCACAGGUGAGGUUGCUGUACUGUUCUCAGGAGGAGGCUGAGCAGGUGUUUUACGCAGCGUGGGCCGCAGGUCUGGCGGGGCCGUCUCAUAUUUGGUUUGCGGUGGGUCCUGCUCUCUCCGAGCUGGGUCUGUCCGGGCUGCCCAACCGGCUGUUCGCUGUUCGGCCGCAGGGCUGGAGGGACGAGCCACGCCGCCGCAUCGCCCGCGGGGUGUCCGUCCUCACCCACGGGGCCGUGGCCCUGCGCAAGGACUACGGAGCCACAGGGGGGCCACACUUUGUCACCAACUGUCAGUCUGAUGGAAACAGAACGCAGAAGAUCCGUGGGAGGAUGAAAUACUUCAGUAACAUCACGCUGGGAGGGAGGGACUACUCCUUCAAUAGCGACGGCUACCUGGCCAAUCCCUUUCUGGACGUGAUCUCCUACACUGCUGGGAGUGGCUGGGAAGACGUAGGAUGGUGGGAGAAUGGAGUGCUUCGUCUGAGAUAUCCCGCCUGGUCUCGCUACGGCCCCUUCCUGCAGCCGCCAGACGACGCUCAGCACCUGAGGGUGGUGACCCUAGAGGAGCGUCCCUUCGUCAUCGUGGAGCUGGCUGAUCCCGCCUCCGGGACCUGCAUCAGGGAUUCCGUGCCCUGCAGACGACCCCUCAAUGCCACGGCUCUUCAGGAAGGCGUGGCUCCAAUGAAGCAGUGCUGCAAGGGCUUCUGCAUCGACAUCCUGAAGCGCCUGGCCCGGAUUGUGGGCUUUACCUAUGAUCUCUACCUGGUGACCAACGGAAAGCACGGGAAGAAGAUUGACGGCGUGUGGAACGGCAUGGUGGGCGAGGUGGUGUAUAAGCGUGCGGACAUGGCAAUCGGCUCCCUCACAAUCAACGAGGAGAGGUCAGAGGUCAUUGACUUCUCCGUGCCCUUUGUGGAGACGGGGAUCAGCGUCAUGGUCUCGCGCAGUAACGGAACGGUGUCCCCGUCCGCCUUCCUCGAGCCAUACAGUCCUGCUGUCUGGGUGAUGAUGUUCGUUAUGUGCCUGACCGUGGUAGCUGUGACCGUCUUCAUCUUUGAGUUCUUCAGUCCGGUGGGAUACAACCGCAGCCUGCAGAACGGCAAGAAAGCCGGAGGGUCUAAGUUCACCAUCGGGAAGUCCAUCUGGCUGCUGUGGGCGCUGGUCUUCAACAACUCAGUUCCCGUGGAGAACCCCAAAGGCACCACCAGUAAGAUCAUGGUUCUGGUGUGGGCUUUCUUUGCUGUAAUCUUCCUGGCCAGUUACACUGCCAACCUGGCCGCCUUCAUGAUCCAGGAGGAGUACAUCGACACCGUUUCCGGCCUCAGCGACAGGAAGUUCCAGCACCCGACGGAGCAGUACCCUCCGCUGAAGUUCGGGACGGUUCCCAACGGCAGCACGGAGAAGAACAUCCGCAGUAAUUACCCCGACAUGCACCACUACAUGAUCAAAUACAACCAGAAGGGAGUGGAGGAGGCCAUCACCAACCUGAAGACUGGUAAGCUGGAUGCGUUCAUCUACGAUGCCGCAGUGCUGAACUACAUGGCUCGUAAGGAUGAAGGCUGUAAAGUGAUGACGAUAGGCUCGGGCAAGGUCUUCGCCACCACGGGCUACGGCAUCGCCCUCAUCAAGAACUCCCGCUGGAAGCGGCCGCUGGACCUGGCCCUGCUGCAGCUGGUGGGCGACGAUGAGAUCGAAAUGCUGGAGCGUCUCUGGCUCUCGGGGAUCUGUCACAAUGAUAAGAUCGAGGUGAUGAGCUCCAAACUGGACAUCGACAAUAUGGCCGGAGUCUUCUACAUGCUGCUGGUGGCCAUGGGCCUGAGCCUGCUGGUCUUUGCCUGGGAGCACCUCGUUUACUGGAGGCUUCGUCACUGUAUGAGCAGAAUGGGCCAGACCGGCAAACUGGACUUUCUUUUGGCCUUCAGCAGGGGAAUGUAUAGCUGCUGCAGUUUUGAGGACGAAACUGCACAAGGUGGAGUCAAAGUCACUGUUUCCACCCAUCAUCACCCCUCUGUGGUAUCAGCCCCUCCCUCAUCCCAUGUUGUCACAGCAUCCGUCGCCAACGCAGCCAUUGCCAUGGUUCCACAACAGCAGCAACAGCAGCAGCAACAGCAACCUCAGCCGCAAUCCUACAAAACCCCACUACCCGGGUCCCCUCCUGCUGUGGUUCACUCUGCAGCAGCGAUGGGGCCUUCCACCACACCUCUUAUGGGUGCUCCUCUUCCGUGCUCUACUUUCUUACCCCGCCCGGACCGCAGACUGGCUGUGGUGGACCGUUGGAGGCUUCCCAAAUCCACCAGUGCAACCAUAGGAGUCAGGGGAGGCUUAUCAGACAUAGGGCCCUUCCCACAAAAGGGAGCCCCUACAUGGGCAGGCAGUGGAGCUGCUGGCAGCAGCAUGGAUGGAUACAAGCGCUACUAUGGCCCUAUUGAUCCUGAGGGUCUGGGACCAUGUGUUGACCAGCAGGCAGGUUCUCAAACUCCCAAAACUGCCCCUAGGAGUCACCAGCCACCCCCUCCAGCUACUAUGGUUUUCUAUCAGGAGAAGGGCAUGGACCAUGGGUUGGGGAAGAAGGUGGGGGUGGGUACUGGUGGAGGGGGUCAGGGGAAGGGGGUGAAGUCUUUGGGGACACCUCGGCUGCCCCCAAAAAGCCAGACUCCAGCCCCACUGCCUCCUAACCCCCCACUGCAGCACCCCUCUCCCCCUCUCCCCUCAUCCCUCUGGAGAAAGCGGCGUCCCAAAAAGCCAAAAGAGCCUGGUGGUCCCCUAUACGAGAACAUUUUGCCCUUGGGCCGGAGAGGUGGUGGCAGGGAUGCGGGUCGCAGACCCAGACCAUCUCCCCCACUUCCCAUCCCUGUGCCUGUACCCCUUUCCCCAUCAUUCACUCCUCCAUCCCCAUCUGCUUCACUUCCUUACACCUCCACUUCAUCCUCCUCCUCCAGCACUAGCUCAUCGACUACUUCAUCUGCCUCUUCCUCUCGGUCUACAUCACCCUCAUCCACCUCCAGUACCUCCUCACGCAGCACGAGGGAUAGAGAAGCAGAGGAGGAGGAUGAAGAGGACCUGGACGAGCUAACUGAAGAGUCCAGCCUUCUGCAGGGACACAGUCGAGACAGAGAACGCUCCAUUCUGUCUCCUAGAUCGCUCACACAUGGUCCUCCACCACCACCCAUUCCCCCACGCAAGCCUCGUGGAUCACAUGGAGAGAGAGAAGGUGGAAGAGAAAGAGAGCGGGGUGGCAGCCAGUUAGCCCAACUCCAGGAAUGGUGGGCGGGUUGGGGGGAAAGAGAAAGAGAUAGGAGCGGUGGGGGGUCUGGCGACACCGAGCGCAAGAGAGAGAAGAAGCGGCGAAAAGAGAGGGAAAAGGACAAGAAGAAAAAGAAGAAGAAGAACAAGAAACGAAAAAAAAGAGAGGAGCGUGAGAGGGAAAGAGAGCGCAAGCGUCGGAAGGUGAAAAAGAAGAAAAAGAAGGCAACAAAGACAAAAAAGAAAAAGAAGGUUUCUGCUGGCAAACACUCAGAGCCCGAGGAGGGUGAUGUGGAAGCAGAAAGAGAGGGAGAUGGGGAUGCAGAGAGAGAGGGAGAGUUCUCGUCUUUUUCCACCCAAUACCGCAGCAUGUUUGGAGAUAAGGGUAACCUUUCUGCUUGGGAAGGAGAGAGGGAAAGAGGCAGGAGAGAUGGAGGGGAGGAGGUUGGGGAUGAACGUGAUGAGGAGAGUGGAGGGGGGCGAAAUAGACAAAGAAGGCCAAAAGGUAGCCAUACACGUCACAGGCCUUCCAGCAAGCGAUACCCCAACCUCAACAAGUUACCUGCCUCAGUCAAGUUCUGGGUUAGCGGAGGGGGUACGGAAGCAACAUCUGGAAUCUCUCCUCCUUCUUCCCUACACACUCUACUCCCAUCAGCUAAGCGGAGGAGGAGUAGUGGGGCAGAAAGAGAUAUGGGAGGAAGGGGAGGAGAGCGACGGCCACUGCUUCUGCAUUACGAAAGGGGAAGGGCACACACGCGAGAGGGCUUGUCAUUCCAUGAGUGGGACUCAGAGGAUGAAGAUGAGGAUGAGGAAGAAGAGGAGGAGAGAGAGAGGGAGCGAGAAAGGGAGAGGGUGGAGGAAAGAAUGAGAAGGGCAGGAGGUAGAGGGGCAGUGUCAGAGUCUGAGAGAGAUCGAGUCCAGGCAGAGGAGAGUUACUCAGAUGACGGAUCCUCUGGGGAGUUUGGUCGCUUUGAAAGGUACUGGGAGGGCAAUGGUGGGGGAGGAGCUAGUGGAAUAGGAGGUGGAGGCUGGUUUUUCGGAACCUACCCUGCCCGAGAGAAAGGGGGAAGCAUCAACAGCAGAGAUGAUUCUAUCCUGGGAAGAUCUGAGGCGUGGGUAGGGGGAGAUUUUUGGGGUUCAGGGGCAGGAAUAGGCUGGGGCUCUGGGGGAGGCAGUGGAGGGCUUGGCCCACAGUGCCCACCUUUUCCCACUUCUCUUCCACCCCCUCGACGCUAUUGGUCCGUAGAUAAGUUGCCCAUGAAAGGUGAAAAACGCAGUCGCAGCGGGGCUAAAGGUAAAGGUAACAGGGCUAGGGACAGGGAGCAAGAUGCAUGUUCAUAUGCACAGUUUAGCCACAGCAGACCUCAUGGCCACUCCAAGCGGGGAAGUGUCACCUCUCGCAGCCAGGAGGAGUUGCUUCCCCACUGCCAUAGCUUCAGUGGGGGUUCACGCCCCAAAUUGCCCCCUAAACCCGACACCGCCAAAUCUGGGAGCCAGUCCAACCUCAACACCCAACAGGCACAGCAUUCAGAGCCAUCACCUUCCCCUCCCCAACCUUUACUGCCCUCACCCUCAGCACCCUCCUCCCUCCCCAUGCCCAUCCCUCCACCCCCAUCCUCCGCCUCAGUGUCCCCCCCACCAGUGCUGUCCCCUGGACCGGCCACAGGUGCCUCCCAGUCGGUGACAGCCAGUGCCAAGCUCCAGUACCAGAGACUGCGCUCCGUGCCCCAGCCGCGUCGCUUUUACUCCCCCCACCUGCCCCUCAAAGCCAAGAGCCUGUGUUCCCGUCGUGGCUCCGCUCAUUUCUCCAGCCUGGAGAGUGAAGUAUGACACGGGGCUUCGCUGCUGCGCGUGUGUGUGAGCUCUACAGUGAGACGCAGCUGGAGUGUGACGCACAUAGACGUGCCACACCGGGACCAGGACAGCGAACACAACCGCCACGGCGGAGACGCCGGCAGCAGCCGGGAUGGCGGCAGUGAUGUCAAUACAGGGGACGGGUCAGCGAAGGCUGUCUCUGUCACCACGGAAACCCCAGCCGUGCUCCACCUCCGGUCUGAACUGAGCAUUACGAUGUCAUCUGUAGUCCUGUCCUCCAAUGAGAAUGCUGGAUAGUGCUUUUUUCUGGAAUCUGUGAGUAAUGAUGUCAUGUUUACACACACAAACAGUCAUUUAAGGAAAAUACUUUUUUCGGCUUGUUUGAUUUUGGUCGUCCACCUUUGAUGGGAGGCCAGGGAAUAUGGAGACUGCUAAGGCUGAGGCCGCCUUUUCACUUUGUUAACGGUUCACUGGCAGUGAGCAAGCAAUUCCUGUGAUCUGCAGCCUGCAGAGACAUCCCUCCUUUUUGUGUCUGACCCUCAUGGCCACAAGAUAUACAAACCUCGUCAAAUAUCUCUACUAUGUACAUUUGCUUAUAUUUUUAAUGCAAAGGCGAUUCAGCCCGUCAGAUCCCAUCCGGGGAGGGCCACCCAUCCCACCAGACCUUUUCUUGUCCUAACAGAACUCUGAUUGAUGCUGUAGUGUCCAUGUUUUGUCCAUCAGGGAUGUUCCUAGGGUCGAAGGAGACUUGCUUCAACAGAAAGAACAACAUGGGACAACAACAAAGUUCAUGUAGCAGUCUUUUUCUGUAAGAUUUGUUUUGGUACUCCAGGAUUCCCAACUCCUUUUUUAAUCUAUUUAUUGCUCUCACCGUGUUAGUAUUUUAAAGUAGAGUAAGCUAGCUGUGUCUGAAGUUAAAUAUUAGGCUAGUUCUGGAUGCCAAAUAACAGAGCAUACAGGUCAUUAGGGUGGACCCAUGCCAUUCGAUCUCUCUUGUUGGCUUGCAGUAUAUAUCACAAAAGCAAUACAUAACUGUCUUAACCAAAAUGAGGAUGGGUUGCAAUAUCUAUAAUUGGCACUAGAUGGCUACAUAAUAUUAAAAUUAGGUAAUAACCCUUGCUGCUGGGCCUUGUCUUUUAGACAUUAUUAUAAUUCUAUUUUUUCUUUAAUAGUGAAAUAAUUUUGCAGAUAUAAAUGAUUGGCACAUCUUACCUUGGGGUGUCCGACCACCACGUGUUACAUUGGCAGGCACUGCAAUUUUCCACUGCGAAGGAGAUGCAUUUUAGAAAGCACAAAAGCUCUGGCUCGUGCCAGAAAAGGCAUCAGCAUCACCAUUUAAUACAUUAAGGGCAAACAAUAAAUCCAUCUUGAUCCAAAGCAGCGAGGAUCCUACCAGGAGUCAACAUGUGAACACUGAGCACACAUCGGGCCUUCAAUUCCUCUAGAUAGCUGACUCUGUGAAAAAGGUGUUGCUGAGGCUUAUUUGACGUCAGGCACAGCUCAUUUGCCCUCGUCGUAGUUGAAUGUAGCUUUGACAUGAUGUAGCAAAAUGUAGAGACACUUUUAGACUUUGUAGCAUUCUUGGAAGCUCACAUCACCGGACAUCAUGACCACACCUGCAGGUCGCUGACGCAAGCGGGCCGACACAUGUUGUCACAGACAAAAGAGAUUAGAUCACCCUUUACCCUUUUCUUUAAGAGGAUCUGUGAUGUCUGUCUCUUCUUUACAAAUAACUGCUUUAUUAAUGAGGGCUCUUUCCGUUGUUGUUUGGAAACAAGUGUGCUAUCGUUUGCAGAGGGUUGGAUUACUUUGCCCCUUGGUCUGGCAAGGGUAGCUCUACAUAAUCACAUUAAAGUUGGGGAUAAACGAACAUGCUCAGGUAUUGAAGUGCGGUGCGUGCAAUUGAGUCGCGAGCACAGCCGCUCAGUCCCUUGUGCUCUGUGCUCUGACAUGCUGUUGUUUCUUUUCUUUUUUUUAUCUGUAUUCUGAUAAGCCUGCCUCCUGAACUCAAAGUGGCUUGUAGUUCAUAAAGUAUUCCAUGUACUUGUGAUAUUUUUAUAUGCGUGUACAUAUGUAAAAAUGCUUCUUCCUCAUCAUGGUCAUGGUGAGUUCGAAGGCUACCUAAAAUCUUUUGGGUGCAAAGCACCCCUGGACAGGGUACCAGUUCAUUGCAGGGUACCACACACACAACCAUUCACUCAGAACUAGGGGGCAAUUUAGCAUGCCCAAAACACUUAGCAUGUGUAUUUUAGGGGGAUUGUAGAUUGUUUGUGAUUUUGCUGAGGAAACCUGUACAGACACGGAUAGAACACACCAAACUCCACACAGACAGUGUCCCUAGAGUUGUGCAACACACGCACUGCCCGAGGCUUACCCUUGCCACCCUGUACAAAGGCUUUUCUUCACUAUGAAGGACACUAUAACAUUGAAUCAAUGUUGUGUGCAGCAUAAGUUUUGUGCAACACAUUUGAUAUGCACUUACCUAACUGACCCACCCAUGUACCUACCUACCCACCUGUUUUUUACUACUUACUACUGUUUUACUAACUUACCUUCUUUUGGAUAUCUACCUACUCACCGACCCUACAUAAUUAUAUACUGAUAUACUAACCUACUCACUUACAUACCUAUCUAAUCCAACAUACCCACCUUCUUACUGACCCUCCCACUUACCUAAAUGACCUACCCAACUAUUUACCUAUUUAUGUACAUUCGAGCCUACCCAUUUACCUUUCCACCUUCUUAUUGACUCGCAUACUUAGCAACCCUUACCUCUUUACAUAACCUACCUACCCAACUACUCACAUGCUUACUUCCCUAUGUACCCAUGCACAUACUAACCUACCCACUUAUCUUCCUACUAACCUUCUUAUUGACUCAACUACUUACUAUCCCUCCCUCCUUACCUAACUGACCAACUGAACUACUUACAUACUUAUCUUCUUACCUACCCAUGUACAUACUAACCUACCCACUUACCUACCUACCUCUCUAAUCAACCAUACCCACCUUCCUACUGACCCAAACAUUCACCUACCCGUUUCCUACCUACCUGUCUACCUGUCACACUAGCCUAUCUACUUACCUACCUACCUAAGCAGCCAUACCCACCUUCUGACCGACCCACCUACUUAUCUAAAUGACCUACCCAACUAUUUACCUGUCUAUGUACAUACUAGCCUACCUUCUUGCCCAACUGACCAGCCCACCUUCCUACCAUCUUACUGACUCACCUACUUACCAACUCUUCCUCUUUACCUAACCUACCUACCCAACUACUUAUAUACUUACUUCCCUAUAUACCCAUGUACAUACUAACCUACCCACUUACCUUCCUACCCACCUACUUAUUGACCCUACAUCCUUUCCUGACUAACCUACCUAUCUAUUUACAUACUUAUCUUCUUAUCUACCCAUGUACAUACUAAUCUACCCACUUACCUGCCUAUCUGCCUACCUUCUUACUGACCCCACCCACUUACCGAAAUGACAUACCCAACUAUUUACCUACCUCCCUACCCGUGUACCUACUAGCCUACCCAUUUUCAUACCUUUUUAUUAACCCAAACACUUACCUACCUACCUCUUUCCUACCUUCUUACUGACCCACACAUUUUCCUUCCUGCAUACCUCCUUACCUAACCAACCUCACUCAGAAGUGAGAAGAAGAUUAAUUAGGUAGGUAGGUAGGUAGAUAGAUACAGUAAGUGUGUAGGCUAGUAUGUACAAAGGUAGGAAGGUUUCCUAGGUUACCUACUAGUGUACCCAUCCAUACACUUACCUACCUCCUCACUUAACUGACCUACCCACCUGCCAUGAGCCUAUGAAGUCUCUACAUGAUUCUUUCCGCAGUUCUUUCCGUCGGUUGUCCACCCUUGGAGCACUUUUGCUAGAUACUAUCCACUGCAAAACCUGCCUUAACUCUGCCUGUUAGAAAUGUAAGCCAUUGCCAUGAGGAACCCUUGUUCAAACAUUACCCUGCAUUCUGUAGUCUUGAUCACAGGUACAUGGAUUUCAGGUACGAACUACAGGCCAGUCCUGGUACAGUAGGCGGCCCUCGUCAGAAUGCAGUAAGGGCGGGAGGGGGUGGGCGGGGGUGGGGGGAGCGACUAAACAGAUCUGGUGUGGCGUGUGUUCACUGGAUCUGUCACUGACCCUCGCUAAGUUAAAAGGCGCUAACACGGUACUCUGUGACUGCAUGUACAGAACAGAUUUCUGUUUCUUUUUUUGUUUUGUUUUUUGUUUUUCUUUCCAUGAAGCUUCAUUUUGCUGAGAAAAAAAGGAAUAUAUCUCUAUAUAUACUGUUUUUGGAGAAUGUAUCAUGUUAUGCUGUGAAUUAACUUUUAGCUAUUUGAUUAAGCAUUGUAUUUAAGUUUCCACUCAAAUUCUAUCAUUUAUCUAUACAAAAAUAUACAUACAUAAAUUUAUAUAUAUAUAUAUAUAUGUACAAAUAAAUAUAUACAUAUAUAUACACAGACAGGUAUAUAUAUAUAUGAAAUGAGUUAAGUUUGGUAUACUUGGAGGAAGUGUUAGAGAACUAGUUUUAAAUGUUUUAGCUUUGUAGCGGUUCUAGAUACUGGAGACAUUUUUGAAUUUUUGAUUCCUCCUAUAUGACUGUGAAAACAUUAGUGCCUGUGAAGAAAAACAAACGACAAAAAAAGACAAGACAAGAAUCAAGUCCGAUGUCCUCAUCCAUAAAUUAUACGUAUGUCCGUCUCAACGUCCAUCCAUCCAUCCAUCCAUCCGUCCAUUUCUUUGUUUUCUUUUGAUUUCUUUUCUUUUUCACUGAUUCUUUGGUAUUUGCAAGCGGGUUUUUCACAGACUUUAAUACUGCUUUAAUAUACGCUUCUGUAAUACUGCCUAAAGGUCUCGGUCUGUUCUUCUUUUAUUUUUCAGCUCACUUGUCCACUUCUCCAUGUGUCCAUCCAUCCACCCAUCCCUCCAUCCGUGCACUCAUCUGUGUGUCCAUUCAUCCACCUGUGGGUAUUGGUAAGCCUUUUUGUUGCUUUCCUGACUCCGAAACUGUUCCGCGACUCUGAUACUACCUAAACGACUCAUUUUUUCUCAAGUCUUAUUAUCCAUGCAAUUUUUGGGGGUUCAUUUUCUACGAUGCCUCUGUUAUUAAAUCAUUUGGAUGAUCAUGAAUCCUUUCUUUUCGUUUUACCUGCCGAUCCAAACUGACUAAAUACUUCUAUCUGUUUUUAUUUGUUGUUACCUUGUUUUCUGUUCUGAUAUUCGUGGUUUUAAUGCACUGCUUUAUCCCUCUGUCAGUUCUCUCACUUAGCAAAAAAACAGAGACCAGUAGCUACUGUGUUCUUGCUCCUGUUGAUUGAUUAUUAAAGAUGAUGAUCAAUUUGA